GUUGUGUGUGUGACAGUGCUAGUGCUUGAUGCUGAUGUUACCAUACAACUACAGUGUGUGCUCUGUACUAUACAGUACUCUCAUAUCGUUUAAUGUGGUGCCAAACAAUAACCAUCAGAUAAUAACCGCCUCUACGCUUUGUUACUUGUUCAAUUUCAGUUCCGAAUUCUUUUCUGUCUAGAAUUCACUCUAUCUCACUCGCUAGCUCUUCUCGCAUGCACAAGAAGUCUGUUGUUGAAAGAUUAUAUGCGGGCUGAACUGGGAAGAAAGACGAAGAAAACAAACAAAAAAAAAACUUUGAAAACAUGGUAAGCAGCCCACUGUGAGUUGAAAGUUGGAUUAUUGAAAAAGUUUAUCAAAAAUCUUCUUAUUAUUAUUAUAUUCGCAUAUUGUCGGGCGACGGCCAUAACUUAUAUCAUCGCGCACAUUGUGUCUCCAUUUAUAAUCUUUCACAAGUAUAACAAUAUACCUACCACAUUUACAUUUUUUUUUUUAUGUCCAAAAAAUACAAAAUUUUUAAGCCCUUGCCAAUUUCACAUUCAGCUAGAUUUUUUCGUUGGAUAUUUCUCAGUCGCUUCUCGGCUUCUUUACGAGAGCACACAUUUUACUCUCCAUAGUUUUUAAUCUCUCUCUCUCUUUCUCUUUCCGUCUCUGUUGUUGUCGCUGUCGUUAUCGCGCGUUUGUUUUUAUUUGUGGUUGGGCUGUUGUUUUUCUAGUUUUCAUUAAAUUCUGUGAAGGGAGCGUAUGAAACGCUUGCGUACAAUAUUUCAGUGUUUAGCCAUUGUGCAGUCGAUUAUGAUGACGACGGUUAAACAACAAGUCCAUGCACGAGGAGAGUGAAAGUCGUCAAACAUUUCUAAUUUAAUUUGAAAGUGAAGACGAUUACGGAAAUAAUAAUUAGAAGCAAUGAAUGUGAUUGUACAAUUAGUCAGCUUUCGAUUAAGGAAAUUUGUGCUAUUGUCGAUUGUGUAUUUUGAUAUUCUCUCAGCUGAUGCAAUUCAAAACAAUGCGAAUCACAAUUUCAAUCGAACAUUAAUCGAUACGUAUCAAACGAUGGCACAGACAAGACAUGAACCCGAUAUAAAGCUCACACAAAGCGUACAUAGCAUCAACAACACAAACCAUGACAAGAGCUUCCGGGAACUGAUUUCAAAGCAACGUACGCUAUCAAGAAUAGAGCGCAGUGCGUUUACCAUUCGCUUGAAUUAUAGCAGAAUGUCGGUGGUAAAAAGUGACGAAAAACCGGCACGCAACGAUUCAAAUUGGCAACGGCCCGUUUUUGCAUCGAUCCGAAAAUAUGAGAAACUACCAUUUGAUCCGUCGUUUUAUGAAUGCAGUGAUAAGCAAUCGAUUGACUGUUUGAACAAAACCAAAGACUUUCGCGCAAAAGUAUUGAGUGAAUUUCGAAAAUCAUUGGCCGAACCAAUCGAUGAAUCAUCCAAUAUUUACAAUGUUGAAUAUGAACAUCCAAAUGAUAUGAUCAAAUACAAUCCAACGUGUAUGAUUCUUGAUGCGAAAUUACGGAUUUUAACGAAUAAAGAUUCACCGUUCGAUACAAAUAAAAUCGGUCGUUUAUUUCCCGUUCGUAAAUUAUUUGGUAAAAAAUUUCUGUCAGUACCGCGUAGCUGCGUGAUUGUAUCCAGUGCUGGUUCAUUGUUUCAAUCUGGACUUGGAAAAUUUAUCGAUCUGCACGAUAUUGUGCUGCGGUUCAAUCAUGCGCCAACUAAAGGUCAUGAAAAAGACGUCGGCAGUAAGACCACGAUACGCGUCGUCAAUUCACAAGUGGUCAGCAAGAAGGAGUUUAAUUUCGUUGAAUCACCGAUAUUCGAAAAUGUUUCAAUUGCCGCAUGGGAUCCAGGAAAAUUCAAUGGAACAUUAUACGAUUGGAUAGCCAAACCGGAUUUUCCACUUUUUAAAAAUUAUAAACGCUUCAUGAAACGUCGACCCGAUGCCAAAUUUUAUCUGCUGGAUCCUCGCUCAAUAUGGAAUCUUUGGAAGGUGCUACACAUAUAUACGGGUCUUCCGAUUCGACAAAAUCCACCGACUUCCGGAUUCAUUGGUCUUGCAUUGUUGCUACCAUACUGUUCAUAUCUUGAUAUCGUUGAAUAUAUGCCAUCAACCCGAUUGACGAGUCGCUGCCAUUACUAUGACUCAGAGAUGAAUUCGGCUUGUACGUUUGGAGCAUGGCAUCCACUGGCAGCCGAAAAGCUUAUGACCUAUGCCAUGAACAGUGCAAAUGAUUUUUCAACAUUUCAGAAUGGCGUCAUUCGAAUUCGAAAGCCAAAAAAUAACGGAUGUUAAUUGAUUAGAUUCGACAUUUAAAAUAAAAAUGUAUGAGAAAUUGAUUAAACUCGAAGAGAUUUCGAUAAAUUCAACAAUAAUCAUUUUGAUAGAUACUGAGAUAGCGAAAUGAAAAAAAUGCAUUAAAAAUUUCAAUGGUGGAUUUUAAUUUGAACGAAAUAGA